GAUGCGUGCUGGGGAAUCAUGCUCUACGGUUGGAUCGAACAUCAACGGGAAUGAGAACGACGGAGCACGGUCGCCGGUGAAACGGAGAUGGGGACCGGAAGCAACAACUCCUCCCCCAGCAACAGAAGGGACAACAGCAGUGGCAGCAAUUUCUUCAAAUCCAUCUUAUUUUUCAACAGCAACAGCAAGAGGCUCAGCGACGACGAUUCACCCAGGCCAAUACCGCUGCUAUCUCCAAUCGCCAAUUCCGUGGUCUCCCGUUGUUCCAAAAUUCUUUCCAUUCCUACUGAAGAACUACAGCAUUGCUUUGAGACAGAGCAACCUGACGCAGUGAAGCAACCUUCCACUUAUGCUAGGAAUUUUUUGGAGUUCUGUUCUUAUAAAGCACUCCAUCUGGUGACUGAGCAUACGGAUUACUUGAGUGACAAGGAGUUCCGUCGUUUAACUUAUGACAUGAUGCUUGCUUGGGAGGCCCCUGGCUUUGAUAAUGAACCGCUGGACACAGAAACUGCUUCUUGCAGUAACCAUGAAGUGGAGGGUGAAGAUGGAUGGUCCCUAUUUUAUUCUAGUUCUACGAAAAUGGCUGUUGAGGUUGAUAAGAAGAAAACUGUUGGUCCUGAAGCUUUUUCACGGAUAGCUCCUGCAUGUGCUGUUGUUGCAGAUAUAAUCACUGUUGACAAUCUUUUUGACGCUCUGACUAGUUCUUCUUGUAAUCGUCUUCAUUUUCUAAUAUAUGACAAGUACCUUCGAAUGCUUGAAAAGGUGAUUAAAGCUGUUAAAAGUUCAUUGGGGCCACAAUCACCAUCCAGACUUGAGCUUUCUGAGGGUGAAUUCAUUUUGGAUAUUGACGGUACAGUUCCCAUUCAACCUGUUCUGAAACAUAUUGGAAUGUCGGCAUGGCCUGGCCGGCUGAUGCUGACGAAUUAUGCUUUGCAUUUUGAGCCUCUGGGAGUUGGUUUGAAUGAGAAAGCAGUGAGAUAUGACUUGGCAAUGGACAUGAGGCAGAUCAUAAGGGCCGAACUAACGGGGCCACUCGGUGCUCGUGUCUUUGACAAAGCUGUGAUGUACAAAUCAAUAUGCGUUACAGAACCUGUUUAUCUGGAGUUUCCUGAGUUCAAGGGCAAUUCACGACGGGACUAUUGGUUGGAUAUCUCUCUUGAGAUCCUGCAAGCUCACAGGUUCAUUCGGAAAUAUAAUCUCAAAGGAAGUCAGCAAUCUGAAGCACUUGCAAGGGCCGUCCUGGGUAUUCUCAGAUAUCGUGCAGUUAAAGAGGCCUUUCACCUCUCCUUAUCCCACUACAAAACCUUACUUUGUUAUAACUUGGCUGAAAGUCUUCCGGGGGGAGAUGCAAUCUUGGAAACUUUAUCAAGUCACUUGGCACUGUUGAAUGCUAGCCCCAGCGAACAUGAUUCAGUUGGACCUUUAAAUUCAAAACAGGGUUUGAAACUCCCUGUUUCAUUGUUGGCCCUUUGCAGACUUGGGAUUAUGUCAGAAAACGGGGCACACAUUAAUGAAGAAGCAGUUGAUGUGGCUCUGGAUGUUCGUGUUGGUGAGGUAAAUCCAUUAGAAAUGGCAGUCAAGCAGGCCAAACAGAAGGCAGGAAGGGUAGAAGCUGCACAAGCAACUGUUGAUCAAGUGAAAGUGGAAGGCAUUGAUAGCAAUAUAGCUGUAAUGAAGGAGUUGCUUUUCCCAGUCAUUGAAUCAUUUAAUUGUCUUCAAGUUUUGGCUUCCUGGAAAGACCCUUGGAGAUCAACUGCUUUUGUGGUGAUGAUCAGUUAUACAAUUUUUAGGGGAUGGAUCAAGUAUGUAUUAGCAUCCAUUUUUGUGAUUCUUGCAGUUCUCAUGCUCUGGCAUGGGCAUGCAAAGAAAGGGAGGCAAUUGAAUGCAUUGAAAAUCUCAGCUCCUCCUCAGAAAAAUGCAGUAGAGCAGCUGCUGACAUUGCAAGAUACCAUCACUCACGUUGAAUCUCUAAUUCAAGAUGGAAAUAUUAUUUUGCUGAAAGUAAGAGCUCUUCUAUUUGCUGCACUUCCACAGGCUACAGAUGGGGUUGCUCUCCUGUUGGUUCUGGUGGCAGUGCUCACAGCAGUAAUACCUCUAAAAUACUUAAUCCUGCUAGUGUUCUUGGAGGCUUUCACAAGGGAGAUGCCCCUGAGGAAAGCCAGCAGCGACCGAUGGCUGAGGCGGAUCAGAGAAUGGUGGGUCAGAAUUCCGGCUGCUCCUGUUCUUCUUAUCAGAGCCGAAGACAAGAAAAGGAAAUGACUGAUUCCCCACCCAAACCCAAAAUCUGCUUUUCUGAUCCCCAGCUGUAAAUCUUGCCCUUCCUGCUAAAUGAUUUUUCUUUUGUUUUUUUUUUUUUUUUUUGAAUUAGGGCAGCUCAAAUCCAGUCUAUGUUACACAGAAAUGGAAACAGGAUAGAAAACAGAAACGUGGAAACGAACAUUUUUUUAAAAAAAUAAGCAUAAAUAGGGUC